UGUAAUCGUGUUGAACUACUAAGCUUUAGUCUUUCUCUGUCUUAUCACCCAUGCAAAGCACAUUUCAUUAUCACUUUGCAUGCAGCUUAUCACUCAGUUCAUUGCUGGCUUAUUCGUUUACCUAGUUUUGUCAAAACAAAGCAUAUCGUUCCUAAGAGGCCGCCAUUGCGAAUUAGUGCGUUGAAAUUAAUGUCACUGGUAUACGCGCAAUCGGGACAAGCGGCAGAUCAAAUAUCAGCUGCAGUUUACCGUGCCGCAUGCAGGAAACUGUGGCAGCAUUUCACUAGUCGAGCUCGAGCAACAGCGUUGUUUGUAGGAUGUUGAUCUCUGGUCGCUACGGCAGCAGCCUACUGCUAGCAGUGCUAAUCGUUUUGAUACUGCAACACGUUACUGUUGUUAAGUCUCAACAGGAGGCCUCUGAAGAAAGACUGAUAUUCGCACACGUGCUGUUUCGUCACGGUGACCGCACUCCAAUAGAACCGUAUCCGACGGAUCCCUGGAAAGACCCGAAACACUGGACCACUGGAUGGGGACAACUGACUAAUGCCGGCAAGCAACGUCAUCUGGAGCUGGGACGUUGGCUGAGAAACCGUUACCGCAGCCUGUUACAGCAGACCUACAGCAACAACGAUAUUUAUGUACGCUCUACUGAUGUCGACCGUACAUUGAUGAGCGCUGAAUCCAAUCUAGCUGGCCUGUAUCCACCCGUUGGAACCGAUGUCUGGGAUUCCGGUAUCCAGUGGCAACCGAUUCCCAUACAUACUACCCCCGAGUCACUGGAUGAGGUGCUAGCAGCGAAAAAAGCUUGCCCAGCAUACGACUACGCGCUUCGAAAGUACAAAGAAUCCGAAGCAUUCCAGCAGUACAAUAAAUCACUAGAACCGAUCUACCAGUACAUUACCACUCACUCAGGGCGAAGAGUUGACUCGCCGACCGCGGCGCAGAAUAUUUACAGCUGUUUACACAUAGAAGAACUUAAUAACUUCACACUGCCGGACUGGACCAAGCAAGUCUACCCGGAGCCGCUGCGCUCCAUUUCCACGCGAUCUUUUGCCACAAAAACCAACACACCCCAACUGGCACGCCUCAAAACCGGCCCUCUGGUGAAAGAGAUGCUGCAGCGUUUUAAAGACAAAAUUAACAAACGUCUCAAGCCGAAUCGUUCCGUCUGGAUUUACAGCGCCCACGAUACGACCGUGUCCAAUCUUUUAAACACGCUGCUGUUGUUCGACCUCCACAACCCUCCAUUCGCAGCCUGCGUCAUGCUGGAGCUGCGGCAAUCUGCCAAUUCCGAUGAACCGUUCGUUUCCAUCUACUAUAAGAACACAACCGCUGAACCUCAAGCUAUGAACAUCCCCAACUGUGGUACCCGUUGUCCUCUGAGUCGAUUGUUUGAGGUGUAUAGCGACAUUCUACCGGACAAUUGGCAACGCGAAUGUCAAGUUUCGUUCCUCUCCCUAACCUAUGUCGAGGCGGACAUGCGAUCCUCGACCAGUCUGAUAGGUAUCAUGUUCCUGGCUACAGUGGCCAUCCUUCUGGUGCUGCUGGGGCUAAUGGCCUACCGAAAACGUCGCGGAGGCUAUCACAACGACAAAUGGUAUCUCCGAAUCGAUGGAUAAUGCCGGUGGAACGACGGUGCGGAUCGUAAUCGGAGCCACAAAAUGUUACUCGAGACGGCCGUCGUGGUAGACGAAACAGAGAACAACGAGGAGGUGGAUGUUUAGGCUCCGCAUAGAAAUUGAGAACGUGGGAUGCAUUUUUGGCAGCAGUUAAACUUUUUUAUAGCCUAGUACGUAUGUGCAAAAUGAGUUUCCUAUUGAAAAUACCGAUUGUUCUAUGUAGGUAAAUGUUGGUCGUAUUUCGGACUCUAUCGAAUUGUUGCUUGCUGUGAGAUUAAACCUAUGUAAGAUUUUGGAAUAAACAGAACUAUGAGUAUUUUAUUAAA